AUGACAAAGGAGAUGAGACCAAGCCAUAGAAUUGAUGUCUUAACCGAUGCUUUGUUGCAUUACGGGAAAAAAACAAGUGAUAAAAUAGGUACGUUUAUAAUCAUUGCACUACAGUAAAUUGACUUUAUCGUCCUGCACUGUUCUCUAUGCUGCACUGUCAUGCAUUAGUUGGUUUAGCUCAUAUUUGCAUCUAUGUAAUGAGCUUUCUCAUGCAUAUGCCAUUUCCAAUCCUCAUUCCAGAGCAGAGUUGAUCUCUUGGGCUUGCACUGGAAUGCAAUAGCCAAUGGUAUGUGAGUGGUACGCCAGAAACGUUAUUUGAUUCCCAGGGUGUAUGGCAAAGCAGGCAGUCAAGAAGUUCUGUGAACAAGGAUGAGUCGCACAAUACUCUUUUGGUAUGGGAGGAAACAUGCCUGUAGAAAAUCCUAGGUGUGCCGGGCCAAGACAAAAUUUUUCUUGACCAAACUGAAAAAUUUAGCUAGGUGAUAAUUUGAGUAAAAAUUGAAUUAAAUUUCCAAACGGAAAUUUAUAUUCGCCAAGAAUUAGAAUAGCUUUUUGGUUUUUCUACAGGCAUGGGGGAUUCCCUUGGGGUGGGGGGGCUCUUUAUCACCCUAAAAAUCCAAUUUGUAUUCCCCAUGCUCACUAAUUAGAAAAUAAUUCAACUAAUUCAUUGAUUGAUACAAAAAUAGUUUAAAUAACCUUUAUAAAGGAGCAAUACUCACUAACUCAGGCAAUACAGUGCACAAAAAGCUAGUUGCUUACUUCUUGUUGAUUGUGCUUUUUGCAAAAUUAUAUUGUUUGAAUUAUUUAUAGAGUACUUUUAUGAAAUAGACUAUUAUUUAGUAAUUCAGACAAGAUGCACAUCAAUAACAUGAACUUUUGUGUUUCUCAAUCUAUUGUACAGUACUGUAGAAAUUAGGAAAACACACAGUGAGUCAGUGACACUGUGAGUGUGAUUGUCACGAACAUAUACUCUCAAUGACUCAUGGCCUAUAAAUUAUACAGAAUUUUUAUCGUUAGUAUUUACUUGAGAUUCCUACCUUGAUUCUGUAGCAAAAAUACCGCUUUUGAAGAACAAAAAUUGCAUAAUAGUUGUCAAAUUUUCGCUAUCACUUCGGCUAAAUAUUGCCAACCCUCCUUCGCCCGCCAUGUUAUUGCCUGUACCUAACAAACAAACAAACACAAAGGCUCGAUAGCAAUGUAUCUAGCGCUGCUCGCAGAUACAAAAAGUAAUUUCAAAUUUAUCUGACACUGCAAAGUACAACAAAAAAUUCGUUGUCCCGAGCGAGAAUUAGUUUUAAAAUUAGUUUUUCAUUGAAACAAUUCUCGUUCUCCAAGACAAAGAUUAAGUCGUCAUGUCGUUUGAACUCUAAGUUAUUUAUUCUCAUGAUCAGAAUGGUGCACAUUGUUUAAAUAUUUCUGUUUUUAGCGAAUCUGUGGUAGGCAACACAUAAAAAUGUAGUAUUCCGUAUUUUUAUAUUUAGAGGUCUUGAUCGUAGAAAGACUCCAAAAGGCACAGCAAACAGAGAAAGACGCUGAAAGAGACUUGAGGAAUUUAUGUGAAUGCAUUAGUUGUAAGAUAACUUAAUUAACUACGUGUAUUUGGAUUAAUUUAUCCAGUAAUAUAAUACCCAACUGAAAAUUAUACUGACUCUGGUUGAACUAACAUACCAAUGGUCGCGGGUUCGAAUCUCACCACGGUCAAGCUGAUUUUUCAGCUUGCCCGGUGUGGACUGCACUCAGAGUAGCAUGAAAAAUUACAAUUUAACUGACGUUUACAUUUCGUUGAUUUUAAAUUUUUCUAGCUCAACCUGUUGAUAUGGAGUCUGUUUGGUUGUGGCAAGCUGAGGAAGCACAAUACUUUGAAAAUGAGUUAAUUAAUG